AUGCAUCAUGUUUGCCAGUCUCCUAAGUUCAUAAUAAUUACCAAAAUUCCUUUCCCGACUUCUACAGCUGCAUGUGGUGUCUUUCCGGCUUGCUAUGAGCCGCACUCCCCUGGGCCAUGCCGAGACUUCACUCUUAACUACUACUAUGAUUCCCAAAACAACACCUGUCAGCCAUUUUACUACGGAGGUUGUGGCGGUACCCGCAAUCGCUUUUACAGCUGGAAGGCCUGCAUGUUCGUUUGCACCAGACGCGACUAUUCUUGGAUCCUCCAACCUGAGUACUCUGACGAACCAGGGGAUGGCCUAACUGAUUUCUAUACACCGCGUUGUUCUGAACUUCGAUCUUUACCCCUCUAA